AGAAGCAGCAGAAGAUCCUGGCACAAAAUGGCGGUGAAGCCCGGUGUAAGAUGGCGGGCUUACGGCUCUUCAUCGGCAAUGCGGCAACAAUAUAAAAGAUAUCUAUGUAAGUGUUCUUUAAUAAAAUAGACAUCGGUAAUGUUUGUUUGGGUCCGGAUGCUUUAGUCGAAGCACACGUUGCUGAUUCUCGUUGUAGCUUAGCUUGCUAGUUGAAUUUUAGUUGCUAGUUAGCUUAGCAUGUUAGCUGCUAACAAAGAGAGGCGGAUUUGAUCCAAAACACAUCGCUAAGCAGAGAUCAAGUGUGAGUGUAAAGUGUUGGGAUUGUGUGAAAAUGUGCGAAAGAACCAUAGCAGAGUACGAGGAGGAACUUUGUCCAACAAAAGAGCGACAACAUCAACUACUGAAAGCUGUUUUCAAGAAACUUCAAGUUGUGUUACACAGAACAGCAGACAUCCAGCAGCGCCCCCACAUUAAAGAGGAAGAGGAGGAGACACAGCCCCUCCACAUUAAAGAGGAAGAGGAAGAAGUGUGGAUCAGUCAGGAGGGAGAGUGUCCUGUAGGGCAGGAGGAGGCUGAUCUCAGCAAGUUUCCACUGACUGUUGUCUCUGUGAAGACUGAAGACCAUGGAGACAAACCACCUGAGUCCUCACAGCUUCAUCACAGUCCAAACGUCUGGGAAGAACAUCUUCUCCCUGAGCAACAGAAGCGGAGCUUCAGGAUGGUGAAGGAGGAGCCACAGCCCUCUCACAUUAAAGAGGACGACGAGGCGCCACAGACCCUGCACAUUAAAAAGGACGAGAACCCGCUGACCCCUCACAUUAAAGAGGAAGAGGAGGAACCCAGUAUCAGUAAGGAGGGAGAGCAUCCUGAAUGGUUGGACGAGUUCCCAGUGACUGGUGUCCCUGUGAAGAGUGAAGAUGAUGAGGUCAAAGGUGAAAGUGAGGAGAAGAGAGAGGCGGAGCCUCCGAGCAGCAGCUCAACAGAAACUGAUGGAGACCACUGUGGAGGAUCACAAGCAGACAAGCUCUUAGCUCCACUAUCAGAUAGUGAGGACACAACGUCACACUCUCCUGACACUGAUGAUGAAGACUCUAAAGAUGAUAAGACAUGUCACACUGACAACACACGCCUGACGUGUUCUCACUGCGACAAAACUUUUAAAUUUCGUUGUCGUCUGAAAGUACACAUGAGAAUACACACUGGAGAAAAACCAUUUUCUUGCUCACAAUGUGGUAAACAUUUUACUCAAUGGCCACACUUAAAAAGGCACAUGAAAAUACACACGGUCGAUAAACCUUUUCCCUGUUCAAUUUGUGCCAAAAGAUUUGUACAGAGUGGUGAUUUAAAAGCGCACAUGAGAAUACACACUGGAGUAAAAACAAUUCCCUGUCCAAUCUGCGGUAAAUAUUUUAGUCAAAGGCAAAAUUUGAAAAUGCACAUGGUAAAGCACACUGGUGAUAAACCUUUGUCAUGUUCAAUCUGUGCUAAGGGUUGUUUCCACGUUGGUGAUUUGACAACACACAUGAGAACACACACCGGAGACAAACCAUUCAUUUGCUCAAUUUGUAGUAAAAGUUUCUCCGUGAAGGCAAAUUUGAUAAGACACAUAAGAAUACACACUGGUGAAAAACCCUUUAAAUGUUCAGUAUGUGGUAAAGGUUUUACACAAAGUCCCAGUUUGAAAGUACACAUGAGAAUACACACUGGAGAAAAAAACGUUUCAUGUUCAGCGUGCGGUAAAGGUUUUACAUAUGCCUGUGAGUUGCAAGUACACAGCAGAACGCACACCGAAGAAAAACCAUUCAUGUGCCCAAUUUGUAGUAAGAGAUUCUCCCAGAAGGCACACUUGAUAAGGCACGCAUCAGUACAUUCUGGUGAAAAACCUUUUAUGUGUUCAGUAUGUGGUAAAGGUUUUACAGAAAGUCACUGUAUUAAUGUACACAUGAGACUACACACCGGCGAGAAAGUGUUGAGUUGCAGUGUGUGUGGUGAAAGAUUCUCCUAUAAGUACCAGUCUAAGAAACACAAGUGUGCUGGUGAUACCAGCAGCAAAUGAAGAUACAGGAUUUGAAAUAAACCGUCAAAACUUUAAUUUCGACUUUCUGUUGUUGUGCAACACAAUCUUGUUAAUAUUCUUAGAUAUUUUAUAUUGUCAUGUCUUGGUGAUCAUGGUUUUUUUUGGUUAUUUUCUGUUUGGUUUUUGGACUCUGUCUGUUCCUGUUUUUUCACUCCCUGCUCAGUUUUCACCUGUCCUCAUGUCACGCACCUGAUUCAUUUGGACUCAUGCACCUGUUAAUAACCACAACACCAUUUAAGUCUCACAUUAAAACUCAUCUGUAUACUCUAGCCUUUAAAUAGACCUUUUUAGACCAGUUGAUCUGCCGCUUCUUUUCUUUCUCCUAUGUCCCCCCCUCCCUUGUGGAGGGGGUCCGGUCCGAUGACCAUGGAUGAAGUACUGGCUGUCCAGAGUCAAGACCCAGGAUGGACCGCUCGCCUGUAUCGGUUGGGGACAUCUCUACGCUGCUGAUCCGCUUGAGAUGGUUUCCUGUGGACGGGACUCUCGCUGCUGUCUUGGAGCCACUAUGGAUUGAACUUUCACAGUAUCAUGUUAGACCGGCUCGACAUCCAUUGCUUUCGGUCCCCUAGAUGGGGGGGUUGCCCACAUCUGAGGUCCUCUCCAAGGUUUCUCAUAGUCAGCAUUGUCACUGGCGUCCCACUGGAUGUGAAUUCUCCCUGCCCACUGGGUGUGAGUUUUCCUUGCCCUUUUGUGGGUUCUUCCGAGGAUGUUGUAGUCGUAAUGAUUUGUGCAGUCCUUUGAGACAUUUGUGAUUUGGGGCUAUAUAAAUAAACAUUGAUUGAUUGAUUGAUAAGCCUGUAGUCGCCAGGCAGCCACCCUUGUUAUUCAUGCUGAUGAUCCAUACUGCUCUUUUUCAUGCUCUUUUCUCGUUCUAAGUAAGUUUUCUUUAUUCAUGCCAUAGUUUGCAAGUUUUUUUUUAUCUCCAUAUUUUGGCCUUUGCGGUAGUUUUGUUUUCUCAGCCAAGUUUUGAACCUCUGCUGAGAGCGCCUUUUGUUUGUUCCUUUUUUUUUUUUUUUCUCGAGUUAAGAUUAAAAUCAUGUUUUUACCUUCACGCCAUGUCCGAUCCAGUCGCUUUGCACCACGGGAAAACAAAACAAAACAAAACAAAUCGUCAUGACAUAUAUUAACAUUUGUGUUUCAGUCAAGGAGGCUACAUCCAUGAAUACUUGUGCAUUUAAAACUACACAAACUGGUUUCUUUGAAAGGUUGUAGACUGAAGCAACGGCUAAUGUUGCUUACCUUUAUAUAUAUAUGACUUUUUUUUAUUCUGAGGAAAAAAAAUCGGCCUCUUGCAGUCAUGUAUCGUACUAAUUGAAACCUCAAUGUGGAGUAAUUGUGCAUUCAGUAUAACAUGUGAGACAUCUUUUUUGUAUUUGUAACACGAUCUUGUCAGUGUGAUUCUAACAUUUAUAGAUGAGAUAUUUUAGAUUAGUGAUUUUAUUUCUGUCAACUACAUGUAUACAACAUUGUGUACUUUUAUUUAAAAAUGAAAAUGUGAAAAUAAACAUUUUAUGUGUGUAUA